CACAGACUUACGCAACAUAUAUAUUUGUCCUCCGCUGUAAUUGUAAGAUGAACAUGAUUUUUGGAACAAAACAACAGUUUGGCAAAUCGUUUGAUCGAUGAACGGAGUAAGACAAAGAUUGCUCCACACGCUGCGUGUCGAUGUCCCAACCGAAUCACUGAAGAGAAAGGCAUUGGAAUUGGAGAAGAAAAGGAAGAUGAGGACUUCUAAAACCAAGGACCAGUUCAUCGUCCCGGUCCCCGAAUCCUUAUCCUACCUCGACACCGCCUCCAUGCCCAUGAUCGUCGUUGCCGUUGGCGUUGCAAUAUUUGCCAAACUCCUCAUGAUGUAUGAUGAAUCUAGAUCUCAAGAGUUGUUGGAACGUAAGAUAAAGAAUUCUCCAGAAGGUCAAGGCACUGUGAGAAUGCUCAGCCGUGAGGAGUGGGAGAAGAUUCGGGAACUCCCGCCCAGAACUCCGUUUGAAUCCAAGUUUUCCCGUCCUAAUUCUAGAAUCAGAACCGGAGAACCAUUGCGUCUGGAGGACUUAAAGGAUUGGACAAUUGAUGUUUUUAUGGAUGGUGUUGCAAGAGCUGAAGAGUACAGUAAACGCAGAAAUACUAAGUAAUGUAACAUGUCAUAAACUUAACCUUUGUAUUACCCCAUUGGUUAAUUUAUUAUAUGAAGUGGUGAUUUCUGUUAUGAGAUUGUGUGUAAUCAUAUUAACUACCUCAAUUACCUUCAUUUUCAAUCUGCAAAUUGCAUGAACUAUUUGGCAAACAGGUAGCCA